AGGUCUGCCUGCUAUAUUGACCAACUUAACACUUGGUAUGAUAUGAAAACUCACCAGGAAGUCUCCAACAAUCGCUUACUGGCCGAGAUCCAGAACACUUUGGGUACCUUUGGUCUCAACGGGUUAGACCGUCUUCUCUGCUUCAUGAUUGUCAAAGAGCUGCAGAAUUUCCUCAUCAUGUUUCAGAAAAUAGUGCUGCGCGAUAAAGGGGUCCAUGAAGCCCUGAAGUCUCUCAUGAGGAGUGUCAGCCCCCUGAAAGGACUUGUGGCCAAUUGUAAUAGAGUCUACUCUACAGCAAUUACCAAAACACAGAAGAUCUGGGCUGCCUACCUGGACACAAUUAUGAAGGUUGGCCAGAUGCAAAUUUUAAGACGCCAAAUAGGCAACGAACUUAACUACUCCUGCAGAUUCGACUCCAAACAUUUAGCGGCUGCCCUGGAGAACCUUAACAAAGCAAUCCUGGCUGAUAUAGAGGCCCACUAUCAAGAUCCUUCUUUGCCUUGUCCCAAAGAAGAUAACACCCUGCUGUAUGAAAUUACUGCUUAUCUGGAGGCUGCUGGCAUCCAUAAUCCACUGAAUAAGAUCUACAUUACAACGAAGCGAUUGCCGUAUUUCCCCAUUGUGAAUUUUCUGUUUCUGAUUUCUCAGUUGCCAAAACUUCAGUACAAUAAAAACUCAGGGAUGGUGUGUCGAAAGCCAGCCGAUCCCAUUGACUGGCCACCUCUGGUGUUGGGACUCCUGACCUUGCUGAAGCAGUUUCAUUCACGCUACACGGAACAGUUUCUGGGUCUGAUCGGUCAGUUUGUUCGCUCCACAAUGGAACAGUGCACCAGCCAGAAGGUCCCAGAAAUGCCAGCAGAUGUUGUGGGUGCCCUGCUCUUUUUGGAAGAUUAUGUUCGUUACACAAAAUUACCAAGAAGGGUGGUCGAGGCCCACGUGCCUAAUUUCAUUUUUGAUGAAUUUCGGACAGUUCUAUGAAAUAUCAGCAGCUGAUUCUGAAUUAACUGAAUUAACAAGAAACCAACCUCAAAAAGUGACGAGGAAAAAAGCAUCUACAAAUCUAUGAGUUUGCUAAUCACUGAAUAUUAAUAGUCUGCAUAAAGAUAACUGGAAUCAUGGCAUCAUAGUCAAUGGAUUAUUAAAAUCAAGCAGUGUGUAUUUUGUACUUAACCCAUGACAUACACAAUUCCUUUACAGAAAUCAUUUCUGUUCCUAGUGACUAGCAUGUGAAUAUGGAACAAUAUUUUUUGUAAUGCAGCUGGAAAAAAUAACAGUGAAAUGAAUGGAUUGUAAAUGUU